GCUGGACGUGGACGCGCCAACCCCCGAAGCGACAUCGAAAGCCUUUGCAAAACUCGACUGACUUCCUGAAUCUCCAUUUCUGUCCUGAAUGGAAGGUGCUUUUGUCCUUGUAUCCGCCUGAGUCUUAUGAAUCCCCUCCCCAACGUCACUGGCCUCAAUCGAAUGCCCCGACUGCAACCUCCACGUUGAACACGUCCUCGCGCCGGAUCCGAAUGUCACCAGAGUCCACAGACAUCCCCGACUCCGACUCCGACGAUGAGGUCUUUGGGCCUCUUGUCGCCAUCUCGGAAGAAUCCCUCGUUCUUCUCGCUUUGAACAUUAGCAACCGGGUCCUUCAUGCGCCGAGUUCUAGUGGCAAGCUUGUCAGUCGAAUCCGUGGGUCAUAUAACAUCGUCCAUAUUAUUCAACUGGAUGGCGUCAGGCUCGUUAUACGCGUCCCUGCCACGGGCUGGGGCUCGGGAAUGACUAUAACAGCGGCCCGGGCACUGCAGUCUCAGGUUGCCACAAUACGUCUCAUACGGCGGAGCACGACGAUUCCAGUGCCAGAAGUAUACGGUCUGGACACAACAAGCAACAACGAGAUCGGAGCCCCGUACUUGUGCAUGAGCUUUAUGCCUGGCAAAACAGUCUCCAAGACUUGGUUUGAUGGCUUUAGCACAAUUCCGCGAGAAGAGCUGCGUCUUAGGAUCCUCACGAGCCUAUCACAGACCAUGGCUCAGUUUUCUCGGCUGGCUUUCGCAAAAAUGGGAUCCGUUAUGGAGGAUGAAGCUGGAUCGACUUUCAUCGGCCCUUCGUAUGAUUGGUAUGAGGAUGAUGACGGCAGCUUGCAGGUUAAAGCCUCGGGCCCUUUCGACUCAGCUUCAGCCUACCUCAAGCACCAUGUCGUUUUAAGUUCUAAAGGAGGUGUAUGGGACGAAGCGGAAGCUAAGGUGAUGCAUUCGGUUUUGCCAUGUCUAGUUUCUCGAAAUGGUUUCGUGCUAUGUCCUCCAGAUUUUGACUCUCAAAAUGUCAUGGUGGAUGAGCAAGGGAAUGUCACGGGACUCAUUGACUGGGAUCUCACACAAACGAUGCCGCGGUUUCUGGGGUAUGCUCGAUAUCCCAGCUGGAUCACCCGCGAUUGGGACCCUUUGAUGUAUGGCUGGCCAAAGAUGGUAAACUCCGAGGACUCUCCGGAGGCGUUAGAGCGCUACCGUGCGUACUAUAAGAAGGAGCUCGGCAGGGCACUUUGCUGGCAGGGUGAUUGGGAGUUCACGGAGAAAUCACAUGUUGCGGAGGCAGUGUGGAUUGCCGGGCUGAAUCGCCACAAUCGGCCGGCGAUAUGUCGCAAGCUGGUCCAGGUUGCUGCAGGCGAGGACGUCGAUGCUCUGGAUAUCCUCUACGAUAUUGGGUCAGGUCAUUACAGCGAAGAAGACUGGAUUAUUUUGGAAUCCAAGCUAAGGCAGUUGAUACGCUAAGAAUUGAUUACUCCUGAAACUUGCUAGCCGCACCG